AUGGCAUCUGGUUUGCGAAGUGAUGUUAAGGGAGAUGACGUUGCCAGGUAUAAAGGCUAUCUGAAGAACUUGAAAGCAGCAAAGUUCAUUCUCUACUGCAACAUGUAUUUGGACAUUGUUUGUAAGUUGGCCAUUCUGUCGAAAUCGUUGCAGGGAGAUGAAAAGUCAGUUCCGAGGGUACUUCUCUACAUCGAGACCGCAUUGGACGAGAUCAAGGAGUUGACAGCGACAGAUGGCCCUAAUCUCAACAAGUGCAGAUCCGAGGGUGAUGGUGACGUAGAAUUCGAUGGUGUCGCAUUUGAAAAUGAUCGCUGUGUGAUCAUUGAUGCGAUUGUGCAUGCCAUAAAUCUACGGUUCGACAACUUUGUCAACAGUGACUUGAUCAAGGCCAUGUCCUUCAUUGAUCCAUCAAACUGGCCAGAUGAUAGUGAGACAUUGAAGGACUAUGGCAAUGAUGAUAUAGAUCGCCUAGUGGAUCACUUCCGUGUUCCACUGGAAACGAACAACUGUGACACGUCGGUGAUCCAGUCAGAGUGGCGUCGCCUUAAAAAGGACAUUAGGCGACAUCAUAGCGAACUCAAGUGCCAUAAACUAUGGCAGACUGUUAUUGUCAACAAAGCCGAACAGUAUUCCAACAUUCUUCAUAUUGUCCGGAUUGUUCUUACUAUCCCAAUCUCCACAGCCCAUGUGGAACGAGUGUUUUCGUACGUUAAGCGCAUAUUAGGGGACUGGAGGCAUAGAAUGAAUGUCAAGACAAUGGAGGACCUUGUGCGCAUAUCGCUGGAAGGUGUUCCCCUCAGGGACUUUGAUCCGUUCCCUGUAGUUAAACAGUGGCAGGCGUCUGGCUGUAGGAAACGUCGUCCCUACAUAGCUGCCUAUGGUCCUACUAGGAAAGCCACCACCACUGCGGUCGAAUCAUGUGAAUCCUCUGGUGAUUCGGGCGAUUCAGCUUCUGAUGGCGAGUAGAAGCUGAUGCUUGUGCUAAUGACUCUGUGUGACAAUCACUGUGUGAGUCACUGUGCAAUUUCAACAACCUGUACUGUAGCUAGUUUUUAUAUAAUUCUUGGUAAUCAGACUCUGAUGUUCUUCCCACUCGACUCUGACUUCUACUCACUGUGCAAUUUCUGUAGCUAGUUUAUAUUCUUUGUAUGUUAUAUUUGUAUACUAUAUUUUGUAUAUAUAUGAAUAAAACCCACACUAGUAAAAAUGGUACAAGAAUAUGGUUAAAAUUGAGAGUAAAAUUGGAGAGCACAACGUUUCGAUCUCACUCUAGUGCUCUCCAAUUUUACUCUCAAUUUUAACCAUAUUCUUGUACCAUUUUUACUAGUGUGGGUUUUAUUCAUUACCUAAUUAGUAAUAAUCACCACGGUUCAGUGUGAUUUUACUACUAGUAUUUUGUAUAUAUAUUCUUCAUAUGUUUUCAAUGUUCACUAAGUCACUGUGCAAUUUAAAUCAGAAACCUGUGUAUGCUGCUGAGUCAGUCCCCACUACUGUGCAAUUUAAAUCAAUAUUUCUAUGACAGAUAGUCUUCAAU